ACUGCAUUAAACAUGUCUGCUAACGAAUUUUACUCUUCUGGAGAUCAAGGAUCCUAUCAACCAAACAAGGCUAACCAAAGUAACGAUGAUGGCCAGCAAGGUGACAGAGGAUUAGGAGCUACUCUUCUCGGUGGAGCUGCUGGUGGUUUCGGUGGUAGCAAAUUAGGAGGAAGUGAACAUGGGAAAUUAGGUGCUGUAAUUGGCGCCAUUGGCGGUGCUAUUGCCGCAAAUAAGGCUGAGGAUGCUUAUGAAGAUUAUCGUGAUGAUCGUAAGCAACAACAACAAUAUGGAAGUUCUGGAAGACGUGACGACCAUUACGACCACCAUAAUGACAAUUACAGACGUGAUGAUGAUCGUCGUUACUAAAUGGGGAAGAUGAUUUGACAACUCUGUCAACCCUGUCAAUUUCUUAGCUAGGUAUUAGUAACUAUAUAAUCUCGUAUGACAAAUAUCACUUGAUUUCUUAUGUAAGUACAUUAAAUUUAAGAUACUCAUCACAGUUUUUCUCUCGGUAGUGGCUGCAAAUUCUGUUGGAAUAUGUCCAGACUAAUCUAGCAUAUUGAUAUCUCCCAAGAGUCUUAUGCUGGAAUAUUCUAACCAACAGUGCCACGGAAUGGUAGUCGAGAUUCCUUGGCAACUAUGCUACGAGAUUUUCAAAUGGGCUUACUGCUUCUAACUUCUUUUGUAGUUGCCAUCAGAAUUACUUCAGCUGGAAUUUUCCUCGUGUAAUUACAAUAAUGAUCAUCAUACAUACUU